CAGCCUUGUCUUAAAUAAAUUAACUUCAACAGUUUCAAUUAACAGAACAAACAAAGAAGAGAGAGUGAUAGCUAGCUAACUGCUCAAAAUUCAAUGGCUUCUUCUACUCAAUGUUUCUUGUCCCACCCUACAUUUACUACCCCUACCAGAACUACCAAACUCUCAUCACAACGCCAAGUAGUAGUAGUAAACACAAAGCCAAACCAGCUUAUUGUUUGCAAGACUCAGAAUCAGAAGCAACUGAUCCAUGAAGAUGAUUGCAGCAACAUAAUCUCUCGCCGGUUAGCUCUCACUGUUCUUAUUGGUUCUGCUGCUGUUGGUUCCAGAGCCUCACCUGCUGAUGCAGCCUAUGGUGAAUCUGCCAAUGUGUUUGGGAAACCAAAGACAAACACGGAUUUCUUGCCAUACAAUGGAGAUGGAUUCAAACUAUCAGUUCCAGCAAAGUGGAACCCUAGCAAAGAGGUUGAAUACACAGGUCAGGUUGUUAGAUAUGAAGAUAACUUCGAUUCGACUAGCAAUGUCGUUGUCACUGUGACUCCAACUGAUAAGAAAUCCAUCACAGACUAUGGUUCACCUGAAGAGUUCCUCUCUAAGGUGAAUUAUUUACUUGGACAGCAAGCAUUCUUUGGAGAAACACAAGCGGAGGGUGGUUUCGAUCCGAACACUGUCGCGACAGCAAACAUUCUGGAAACUUCAACACCUGUGAUGGAUGGGAAAAAGUACUAUGUUUUGUCUGUGUUGACAAGAACUGCUGAUGGAGAUGAAGGCGGUAAGCACCAAAUAAUAAGAGCAACUGUGAAAGACGGAAAAUUGUACAUAUGUAAAGCUCAAGCCGGAGACAAGAGAUGGUUUAAAGGAGCAAGAAGAUUUGUGGAGAGUACAGCAAAUUCUUUCAGUGUUGCUUGAGAACUUAAUAGAGGGUUAUAUGAAUGUGUGCUGCAUGUAAAUCAAUAAUUUAUUAUAUAAAAAAUAUUCAUUAAUAAA